AUGGGUCCUCAGGACACAUGGAAAGUCCGCCAUUUGGACGAUGAACCUCUAUACUGCGAGGCGCCUCACGACGAAGCCGAUGUCCUGUAUGCAGGAUCCGAUGACGAAUACUACGACAGCCCCGACGCCAGGAAGCUCCGGAUCGAACAGGCUGCGAUCCGCUUUCUCCAAGGUCACACACCAGUCCUGCUCACUACAGUUCUCAGAGGACCCUCACCAGCUCCGAUGCCAGAACCCACAACAGACCUUGAACUACCCAGCACCGAAGCCCUGGAGACUAGAAGCACGAUUUCCUGCCACUUGCCAAGUCCGCGGAGCCUCGAUCAAGUCGACGUCACCCCGCAUGCGUUCUUGGAGGACGAAGAGGUCGAACGAGUCGAAUUAUGGAGGAGUAAUACGCGGUCUGCAAGCAAUAUUCAGGACGAAGCUUGGUCGUUUGACGCCUCGCUUUCGCAGUCUCAGCCUCAACAUCGACGGAAACGACGGCCGGCGGGGUCAGAGUGGCUCAAGAGAGAUGACAAAAAACGUAGAAAGACCGACGAUGAUGCACACGAUACUAGAAGCGCCUUAGUUCCUGUCCGCCGCAGCACUCGAAGUCCACGUCGCCAUCUGUCAGACUCAAAGUCCCAGUCGCAGCAAAAUCAUGAGGAUGAUAUCGCGAAGGACCACACAGCAAGCUUGGAGGGCUCCGAGAUCGGUUCCGAAUUGCCCUUCAAAGCUUCGCAAUCGGUUUCAACCCGAAUUUCUCACAGAAUGUCGCCACAUGUCAUCGACAAGCGUGCCGAUGCUUCCCAGGAGAUGCCGGCACCGUUGAGCACACCAGUUCAGACUCCACAGUCUUCCAGGAAAUCAAAGAUGAUACCUAAAAACACCACACAAGAAUCCGGACCUCGCAGCAGUGGUAUGUCCAUGAUCCAUCAAAAAGCUGGCGGUGAUGUCAAGGUCAAGAGUGAAUUCGAGACCCAACAAGACGAGAGCUUCAUGUUUCGCGCGAGGCCCCGGAGCCACGCUCUGAAUAUUGAAGACCUCAGCCCUAUACGGAGGAUGUCUUUCGGUCGGGCUUCCUCGCCUGCGUUUACAGUUUCCUCUGAGAUGGACUCCCACUGCGAGAUCAUGGACCUGGACGGGGAUACCUGCAUGGCUGACGACACCAAAGCGACCUCGCCUGAAUCGAGUGCGGGGAGCAAGGGAGACCGCGAAGAAGCGCUGGAGAAAGACGCGGAACUGGCGACGGAGCAUGAGCCCGAGAGUGAAUCGGAGACCGAUGAAUCGCAACCCGAAAAUUCGGGAGAGUCCUCGGUCCCUGCCCUCGACGCGAAUGCUUCCGAUGCUGCAAGUCCUACAGACGUUGAAGAUCCGCAAAACCCGGAAAGGGCCCAGCAGGAGGACCCUACUGCGAGCUCUGCGGGACACGAACCUAGUUACCAACACAAGGAUACGCCGUUACGUGCCCAAGACAAUUUGAGGGUUGAGGAGAUACUCAGUCAGCAUGAUAGUCCUGCUGUACCCACCUCUCAACAGACUCCAUGGAAGAUGGACAUGCCAGCCAUGGGUCCGCUUAAGCACCCGCAGCCCCUCCCAGAAGACGAUGACCAGAGCUUUUUGCGUCCCGAGUGUCAAAGUCCUUGGGCCCCGAGCCUCGAAAUGAUGUCAAAGGCCGCACCAGAGAUCGUCAAGUCCGCUUUUUUCAAUGCUGCAAGGCCAGUCUCGCCGUCUUCUCUUUCGCCGUCGAUUUUUACGAUAUCAUUCACGCCUGCCGGCAAACGUGUCUCUGAAGCUCAACAACCCUUCGAUGCCGAGGCGGCGACGUCAAGCUCGCCCGAGCCUGUCUUUCCAAUCAAGUCGUUCAAAAACUUCAUGUCUCCCUCGCCCGAGAGACCUCGGCGCCGGCCAAACAAGAUCUCUUUGAGUGACGGUAACCUUCCCAGCACUCAGCACCUCAUCGCCGCCACGACCGAUAACCCCUGGCACAGCGUGCCCAAGUCUUCUAAACGAGUCAGAUGGGCACCGUUGCUCCACGAAGACGAUGGCGAGGAGGGCGGGUGCCCUCAGACGCCCACAGGGCCCAGAGCCUCCUCUCCUCCGCCGGAGAUGGCAGUCGCUGACCUACCAACUGGCAACAAGGACCAAUUCCAGAGGCAUUUCCGUGUCGUCUCACAACGCAAGAACCUUCGCCACCACCUCCUGCCGUCUGCGUCUCAGCAGAUGCUGAAAAGCCCAUCUCCCAUGGCCAUGGCAGAGGCCUUUGUCGCGGCAGACUCCUUCAGAGCACCCCAAGGUCCUGACGCUGUCAUAUCUGUUGAUACAACACCGGUGCCGAACAAUGCAGAGAGCCAGGAAUCCGCGAUGGACGACGUGGACGACGUUCUGAGGAACCUGAAUGAGUUUAUUGAGAUGGUCGACAUCGAAACUGAUCUGGCGCGGGCCAAAGAUGAGGAGCAGGAGAACAAGAGGCGACGGCAACAGCAAAGCCAGAGUCUUGGGGGAACUUUUGCCAACGGGCUCAACCUCGACGGGAUGAUGGAUGCAGGAGUGUGGAAUUAA